AUGCCCCUAAUUCUAUUACGAAACACCCCACAGGACCUGGUGAGUCGGUACAACGCGGCCAUUGCCAGUGUUAUGACAUUUGAAGGGGGCGAUUCCAAAGCGCCCGCUCUCACCACCGCCAAUGUGCCUCUGGUCAAACUGGUGAUGAGACAAGUGUACAACGUAAUCGACGAUCCCAAGAAGCUCAACAACUACAAAAGCUUCUCCGAAGAGGUCUAUGGCGAGUUCAACUUCAACAUCGUCAAGGAUAUCAUCGAGAAGGCGCCUAUAACCUCCGACGAUGUGUUCAUAGAUCUGGGCAGUGGCGUGGGACAGAUUGUACUGCAAACUUCGGCGCAGUGCCAAUGCAAGUACUCAUACGGCAUUGAAAAACGAGACAUCCCGCACGACUACGCAAUGAUCAUGGAGAAAGCCUAUGUGCAGAAGAUGAAGUGGUUUGGUAAGUCCUACGGUCCCUUUGAGCUGCAUCAGGGCGACUUUUUAGACCCCAAAUGGGUGCCGGUCAUUCAGAAGUGUACCGUGGUCUUCUGUAACAACUACACCUUCCAACCCGACCUCAACCACGCGCUCAAGGAGAUCUUUGUUGAUCUGAAACACGGCACCAGAAUCAUCUCCUCGGCGAGCUUUAUGCCCCUGAACUUCCGAAUUUCGGACCGUAACACAAACGAUAUCGGUUGCAUUAUGAAUGUGCGCAAGGUUACCUUCACGGGAGAAGGGGUCUCGUGGACAGACAAGCCGCUGGACUAUUUUAUACACACAAUCGACAAAACAAAAUUAGACAGAUACUUUAUGGACAAGAAAAUCAGAGAGGCCCAGGCCGCUGCGAUGGAGUCCGGAAGCUCAAGCGAAAACAACACAUCAGACGAAGAGUUCAUGCCCAACCUGGCCGCGGAUAAGGCGCGUCACCAUGGCCACCAGACCAUCGCCGAGUCCAGGUCUGCGAGCCGGAGACGCAUGGAGUAUGACGAUACGUCCUCAAGCGAAGACUCGCAGUCAGAAUAUGACUCCACGUCAUCGGAUGAACCGCAGAAGAGCAGCGUUAAAAAGAAGCCUGCCGCCAGACGGGGCAGGCCGCCGGCCAAUCAGAACGCAGAAAAAAUAAGAGCAGCCAAUAAUAUUGCGUCCACAAAUAGAAUCGCGAGCAAGAGCGCGGCCAUGAGCAGAUUGGCGAGCCAGAAUGCGUCCAGGACCGGCAGUCCCCACGUGCGAAGUAUAUCACCUGCCACAUCGCGCAAAACGGACCGAGACGCCAAGGACAUCGAGCAACCCCGGGAAAAGCGGGACAAAAGCGGGAUCAGAAACGAACCCAACCGGUCUACCAGUACACACACAAACACCACAGGCAGUGGUACCGGCGCUGGCAACAGUAGUACCAAUAGGAACGACAGACCCAAGGGCGACACCAGCAGAGACCCCAGCCGACCACGGGAUACAGACCGCGACCGCAACCGCGACACACGGGACAAGCACCCGAAAAAACCCCACAGGGCCACAAAAGACCCGAACGAUGGGAAGGGACAAAACCCCACCACCACACACACACACAAAGAGCCGUACAAUGUGCCGAGGCCAGACAGUCGCAACAGUGCGAAUGGGGUGCCUCAGAUCUCACGAGAGUUGCCUGCGCUCACGGUCACGCGCACAGACAGCGCCACGAGCGAGUGGGCCAAGGAGGAAGCACGCCUGGACCAGGCCGAGGUGGAUGUGGGUGUGGACGAGGUGGUGGACACGUUCGUUGCUAGGCAACGCACACAGCUGCGCGAGUUUAUGCACAGCCACAACCCGCAGCAGCGGCUCGGUCGGCUGGAGAAGGAGAACACGCGGCUGAGAAGCCAGUUGAAGCGCACGCUAGCGGAGGUACAGGCAACCACAGCCAAGCUAACCGGAGAGUAUAGGGAACUCAGUGGGCUGGCUGCCAACGGCGUGGCGACACCGGGGCCGGUAAACGGGUUGCUGGACAACGACUUGGCGAAUGCGAAUGAGCAUGGCUCGGACGAAGGGGCUGCAGAAGAGGCGGCUUCUGCGUUGCUGCUUCGAGAACAGAGGCUCCUGAGAGAAAUCAAGCAACUCCAUCUCAAUACGACUGUGGUGGAUGAGACGCAGCGCCAAAAGCUGUUGGUCAAAGAUCUCAAGGUGCUAUGCCGCUUCGCGGGGCUUAAAAUCCAAAAAUGGAAAGAGCGCUUCGAGUUCACCCACAACGACCCUGUUAAACUAAACAAGGAGAUCCAAUCUUUCAAGACGGACGUGGGCAAAGCACUACGAGAAAUGGGCUUCCAAUGCCCCACUCUCAGUACCGCUGAAAGAACUACAACCCAACCGAGUGAUAGACCUAGCGAGAGCGAUAAACCGUACAAACGGCAGACAAGCGCUGACGUAGGGGACAGGUCCACGGCGACCAAGAAAGCGCGGUCGGAUGGAUAGGAUGUACUCUACUUUUUUUUUAAAUGACUUUUAAUAAACGAC